CGUAAACACCACCAUUCUCCUCUAAGGCUCUAACAAUCCCACUUCUUGCAUCUAUUUAAACAGACUCAAUUCCACCACAUCUACUUCAUCUCAUCACUAAUUAAGCUUCAUCACAUUUAACUCCAAUAUCCUAUAAUAUUAUGGCAACUAUCAAAACUCUAGCUCUUUUAUCAUUCUUAUUAUUGUUGUCCACAUUAGCAAACAUUUCCGAGGGACGUGUUGCAAGAAAGGAUCUAGGCUUGGACCUAGGUGGCGUUGGUGUUGGUUUAGGAAUAGGUGUUGGACUCGGCGGGGGUGGCUCAGGGGCGGGUGCUGGCUCAGGUUCUGGUUCAUCAGGUAGCUCGAGUUCGAGUUCGAGUUCGAGUUCAUCCUCCUCUAGCAGUUCAGGUUCAGGUGGUGGGUCGGGAGCUGGUUCUGAAGCUGGUUCAUAUGCUGGUUCUCAUGCUGGUUCAGGAGCUGGAGGAGAUGAUGAUGAUGGUAACUACUAAGAUUCAUUUAACCCAAGCUUUUUUUGGGGGGGAGAAAAGUUUCCUGAUUAAGUUUUGCUUGUUGUUUAGAUUUCACAAUGUUUGUGAUCUGUAUGAUAUGUCACUAUUUACCUAGUUUGUUUUAUUUGCAUGUUAAUGUUGGGUGGUUAUAACUUAAAUAAGUAUAGCAAUAUAUAGGAGUGAUUAUUUGUAAUGUUUGCAUCUAAAUGUAAUUUUGAAGAUCCUCAACUUAAAGAUAAUUGAGCAUAAAUUGCUUGAAUAAUUAUUCUGUAGUUUGUUUUUUCAUAGCCAUUGUGAUUCUGAUCAUGUGAUUAUAGUUAUUAAUAA